UCGCUCUACGCAGCGCCGCAUGAUUUCAAACAUAAUUAGGGUCAAACGCACGUGUGUUGUUGCACAAUAAAAGCCAUGUUGCCUAACAACUGUAUCAUACAAUAGGGAAUAAUUAAAAACGUUUGACCCGAGAUUUAUUUUGCAGAACAGCACCCGCCUUCUGAAUUAAUAUGCAAGCGCCUCUGUUUUCCACGCCUCUAAAAGCACGGACAACGGCAAGAAAUCCGAGAUUUUCCCCGGAUGGAUACUGUCGUUUCUGCGCGUGACACAUUCGCUGUGAUGAUCUGUACGUGUGAUAAAACCUUAGCUGGGAACAGUAUGAUCAAAUUAGGUGAUCUGGCCAGGUGAGGUGGCAUGGUUCGUACAGACAUGGAGGUGGGAAGUCUGCCUGUUGAGCUUUGGCGUCUCAUCCUGGCAUAUCUGCCUCUCCCAGACCUAGGCCGCUGUUGUCUGGUUUGCAGAGCCUGGCGUGAACUCAUCCUGAGUUUGGACAGCACUCGCUGGCGCCAGCUCUGUCUGGGAUGCCCAGAAUGUCGCCACCCAAACUGGCCCCGUCGGCCCCACCUGCCUCCGCCGUCCUGGAGGGAGGCUCUUCGUCAGCAUGCUCUUGCCAGUCGUACCUGGACUCAGAAUGGCUCAGAGCUCCACUCGUCCGCCUGCCUCCAUCUUUUCCGCCGAAGGAAAGAUCGCAGGGUUUGGCACGUUGGCACAAUGGCAGGGGGUGGGUACGAGACGCUCAGGGGGGCGCUGGCUGUGGCAGGGCCUUACGACAAGCUGGUGCUUCAUGCCGGUGUGUAUGAGGAGCAGGUGGAAGUGGCCCUCAAGGUGCCAGUGGAGAUUGUCGGAAUGGGGAAGUUGGGGGACGUGUCGUUGUUGGUGUGUUUUGACCAGCAGUGCCCGACAGCGAGGCUGUGCAAUUUAGUGUUUAUGCCAGCGUGGUUUUCACCUGUGGUUUAUAAGACAUCCUCAGGUCAUGUCCAGUUGGACAACUGUAAUUUUGAGGGCUGUCAACUGCAUAUCAGGGGGCCAGGAACGUGUCAGGCUCGCUUCUGCUCCUUUGCCCAGGGCAGCUCUGCCCACUUUCUGGGUGUGGCCAUUAGUUUGAUGGACAGCUGUGAAUUCUCAGGGGGAGAUUCUGCGUCUGUCACUGUGGAAGGUGCUCCGGUCUCUGAACGCAAUUGGGCCUUCAAGCACCUGGUCGCCUUGGCUAAGACCUUUACCGUAAUGCCUACUAAUGGGUUUACAGAACGAACCAAACCAGAGGGCAAAGACGGCACAGGAGCUGAUAGUCCUGGAGACAGAACUUUAAAAGGAGUAAGCACAACAGAUGACUGGAAUAAAGAGGAAGUAGACUGGGAAACCAAUUGGACGAAGCAAAAAAAAGUAGAUAAUCUCAUUCCAGGUCAGGAUGGCACAGUUAUCGAUGAAGAUGGUAUGGAAACAUCGAGCGACUCCAGCGAGGAAGAAGAUGAGAAAGACGGCGAGAAAAGCACAGCUUUUAAACUUUCGUACGAGCAUCACGGACUAGCGCAUCUCUCCAAACCGCUAAUGGCAGAUUCAUCUGCAUUUCCUGCGCUGCUGGAUCUAUCCGCAGAGCUGCAGAGGGAUGUGGAGGCACGGGAAUUGGUGGCAUCAGUUCAAGGCUGCCUGCUGCGUUGCUGUCUGCUGCGGGAUGGAAAAGGUGGCGUGCACCUGUGCAAUCACGGUCAGGCUCGCCUGGAGGCCAACGUUUUCAGAGGCCUCAACUACGCAGUGCGCUGCAUCCAGUAUGCAAAAAUGGUGAUGUUGCGUAAUGAAGUGUGUGGGUGCAAGGCGUCUGGUGUGUUCCUGCGACUCUCUGCUCAAGGUCUCAUUGCCGAGAACAACAUCCACUCAAAUGGAGAGGCGGGAUUAGACAUCCGUAAAGGGGCCAACCCUGUCAUACUGUGUAACAGAAUCCACAGCGGCCUGCGUUCCGGGAUCGUUGUCCUGGGCAACGGGAGAGGUUCUAUUCGAAGCAACCAGAUCUAUGGGAAUAAGGAAGCUGGCGUCUAUAUUCUUUUUAACGGCAAUCCUGUGGUCAGUGGGAAUCACAUUUUCCACGGACUUGCAGCAGGCAUCGCUGUGAAUGAAAACGGAAGAGGACUGAUCUCUGACAACGUUAUUAGGCAGAACCAAUGGGGAGGUGCUGACAUCCGUCGAGGAGGAGAUCCAGUCCUGCGCAAUAACUUCAUCUGCUAUGGAUAUUCAGAUGGCGUGGUGGUGGGAGAGAGAGGGAGGGGUCUCAUUGAAGGCAACCACAUAUAUGGUAACAGAGGCUGUGGGGUAUGGGUCAUGUCAUCCAGUCUACCUCAGCUCACCGGGAACUACAUUAACCAUAACCGUAUGUACGGGCUUGCCGUCUUUUGCCGGAAGGACGCAGAGUCGACAGUGAGCAGAGACGGCUAUCGCUCUUUACAGGAGAGAGGAGUGGCGGCCGGAGAAAGGGACAGAGGAGGGCCGGAGAAUUUCAAUGAGGAAGGAGAAUUGAUGGCGUGGGAAAGUGACAUCGACAGCGAGGACGAACGCUUUUCCUCUCGACGACCAAUCACAGUUGCCCUAGUGGAAAACAACUGCAUGAGCCACAAUGGAGCAGUUGGAGUCUUUGUAAAAAGCAGCGAGCCUCUGAAUGUGGUGGCUAACAUGGUCAACAAUAACAGAGGAGCGGGAGUGUCAAUCAUUCAAAGCGCUCAGCUGACGCGAUUAGUCGGCAACUGUAUUCUUGGCAAUGGCUGGAUGGGCAUAACCGUGGACAGAGAAAGCAGGGUGGAGCUCCGCGGCAAUGGUGUCUAUGGCAAUGGCUGCCAUGGCGUCUGUUUCAGAGGCGAUGGUCUGAUUAUGGAAAAUGAUGUUGUUGGAAAUAAUUCCGUUGGAAUACGAGUGAUGGACAACGCAGAUGUUAAAGUAUUGAGGAAUCGCGUUCAGGCAUUGCGGGGUUAUGGGAUUACAGUGAAGGAGCGGGUACGAGGUGUGGUGCAGGAAAACCUGGUUUAUCAAGGACACCCUACAAAUACUAAAGCCCCAAUACGAACCAGUCCACAGAACCUGGAGUGUGUCGUACUUAAUAACUCUCUGGUCACACCAAGAUCACAAACCAUUUGGGCUUUGGAAAAUCCACCUCCUCGUCCUCACAAUAGUAACCCUUCUAGUGUCCCACCCGCAACAACACACCCCACUCACCUCGCCAUCACAAUGACAAACCGAAUCACUGCCUCCGUAGAAAGUGGUUGCCAUAACAAUGGCAGCAUCUUCUGCUCUAUUCUUUGAAGAACGGGGGACCACAUCAGAUUUGAUGACAUUUAUAAAACCAAGCCCUCAUGACUUCCUAAUCCACUUGGAAAUAAAGGAAUGAGUUGGAGUUCUAGGAUCAUGUCGGGUUAGAUCAGUAGUUCUCAAACAGGGGGGCACGAGAUGAUGCCUGGGGCCCAGUUUAAUGACAUUUUACACUAUAUUAAUUCUGUGGGCACAAAGGAAGGCACCCCAAACGAGGUAGGGCCACGCACCAAAAAGUCUGAGAACCACUGUGUUAGAUGAUGAACGAACAAAAACGUGACGUUAUUCAAAAAGCACUUAGCACUCACUACUUUAGAAUAUUAUGUUUACCAAAGGUCUUUCUCAAUCAAACUAUGAAGUUUUUCUGUUACCAAUCCACUUUGAGUGAGAUAUUUCACUUACACAAAAUGGAAAGUGGGCUGGUUUGGGAUCAUCUUGCUGGAGCACUUACUGUUUGUAUUUGAUCACACAUAAACUGUCUACUUCACUCAACAGUGCACAUUUGUGUUGGGAACCAUAGACUGUACUAUAUCUCAAUUUUUUGAGACAGGAUUAAACCGUGGAAUUAAGGAACAAAUUCAGCAUCGAUUGAAGGUGCAUGGCUGUUCCUAUUAAAAAGUAACAUGUACUUAUUAAUGUGACCAGCAAAUUUAUAGCCUGUUAUUAUUAUUAUUUUACACAGAAACUCAAAGUCAGAUGGCAGUGAGAGACGUUUCACGUGACUUUCUGUUCUCCCAAAAGACCAGAAGCAGUGCUGCAAAUAGGAGAUAAACAGGUUCGGUGCUCCCUGGGAAUUCUGGUCACGCUGCUUGUGCUGUAAUGAAUAAAAACAUCAUUCGCUGGGUACAGUGAUGCAGCCAGUCGGGUGAUGUAAUGUUCAAGUCACAUCACAUCAACAGUGAUACUGAACUGUCAUGUGAAAAUGUACCGGUGCACUUUACUGCAUGGUUAACCCAGCAUGAACGGACUACAUGUAGAGCGGAGCAGGAACAGAAGAAACAUCAUCUUAAAAGUGAUUUCACAGGCAUGGAAUAAAAGCAAUGAAUCAAUUUUUAACUGCAUAAUAGUGAAGAGAUAAAAUAUUUUGAUAUGCAA